CUACAGAAUCACGUGUGAAACAAGUUUCUAAGAAAAAAAGUUUGACAAGUCUAGUGCAGACAGUUGAAGACCACCCCCGAAAAGAGUAGUAAAAUCCAAAGUACGUUUACUACCCUUGUUGAACUUCAACAGCAACAGCAAAAUGGAGGGGAUUACGCAGAAAGUCAUGACAGCCUUCAGUCUUGAUAUUGGACCUUUGAAGGAACCCCUGGGGUUUAUUCGAGUUCUCGAGACGAUUUUUUCCAUAUUUGCAUUUGCAACGACUGGUGGCUACUCUGGAGAGACCCGCUUUAAUGUGCAGUGCCAGGGACUACCCAAACCCACGGAGGUUCUCGCCACAUUUACCUACCCCUUCAGGCUGAUGAGCCAGCCAUACUUAGUCCCAACCUGCUUGAAUGCCUCUGCCGUCACCACCCCCGCCAGCUCUACUCCACAUUACCUGUCAGGAAACUACUCCUCAUCUGCUGAGUUCUUUGUCUGCAUUGGAGUGUUUGCCUUUCUAUACAGCAUAGCUUCCCUGGUCAUCUACCUUGGCUAUCAGCAGCUGUACAGAGAGACAAGCCGUGGCCCAAUUGUGGACCUGCUGGUGACUGGUGCAUUUGCUUUCCUGUGGCUGGUGUGCUCUUCUGCUUGGGGUAAGGGCCUCACUGAUAUCAAGUUCGCCACCAGUCCGUCUACUCUGGUCACCAUCCUCAGUGUGUGCAAGGAAGGGAACACCUGUACACCAGGUGCCAUCCCGCACAUGGGACGCCUCAAUGCCUCAGUGACCUUUGGCUUUCUUAACCUCAUCCUAUGGGCUGGAAACUGUUGGUUCAUCUUCAAAGAAACACCCUUCCACAAGCCAACUGCAGCUCCCCCUGCUGAUAACCCAGAGGCAGGAGAGCAACCUUUCCCUGGACGGUAGAAAUAUCUGUGUUGGCUUUCAGAUUUACUAUGUCAGGUGAAAUAAAAUAGCUUAUAUUGGCAAUACCUAUCCAUUUUACUUAUGAAUGUCAGAUGUGAGAACGUUCUGUAGAAGGAAUUGUUAUUGGAUUGGUUUCAUGAACGUAUUGAAAGUUGAAAUAGCAGAUUCAAGCAAAAAAGUUUUUGCUUUAAAGUGAUUUUUUUUUUUUUAAAACAAGUCACUCCAAUAUACACCUCGAUUUUUUUUCACAUGCUAUUUUGUGUCACUUUGGUGAAUUGGCAUAUUAAAAAGCUGAACUGUAGUGUAUGCAAAAUGUCCGUUAUUGUCAUCUCACAUCUGUCAUCUUUAAAAAAGGUUUUUAUUUUCAAUAGAAAUGUUAUGAUCUCAGAUUGUCAACACACUACAUUAUACAUUAUAUUGUGUUUGUAGACUAAUAAUAAAUUUUGAUUGUGCUGAAGUAAAGUUAUGUUAUUCUAAAACGUAGACAGUGAUUGCCUUAUUUUUUUACUGUUUAUGCUCUCGGCACUCAUUUGUGAAGACAGGCAGUGGGGUGUUUAAUUAGGUUUUUUAUCUGUUUUGGUUAUUUGUUAUUAACAUUUUGCUGAAAAUUAACAUGGAUUUCUAAUAAAAGCGUUAAAAUAAAAGCAUUGCUUUUUUGCUUGUGAAGACUUUGCAGAACUGCAAUAUUAUGUUGUCUUGUAACAUUGUUAUCAAGUUACAUUGUAUAUUGUGGAUUGUUGACAUUGUUAUUAUGUAAUAAUAAAUAAUGUUAACAUUG